AUGUCAGGUGCAAGUUCGACCCAGGAAUUCAAUAUCAAUUGGUGGUUACGAGUCCCCGAGGUAGAGGGCCUGACGAACGCGUAUCGUAAUCGAAACGAAUACGAUGUCAUCCGGGAACUUUGCUCCUUCGUAGCAGCAGAGGGCAGGUCGUUCGCAAACACAUUUACGCUCUUGGAACUCGGCGAAGGGCCAGAUGAUGACCUUAUUGAGUAUUCCUUACCACUGACAUCUUCCGAGCUCUCAAAGACCGUCUCAUUGGAGAGAGGCCACCGGUUAACUCGCCGUAUCAUGCAAGUAUUCCACGUCUCAAACGGGGAGAGGGAAUCGAAUUUGGACGAAGCGCCCUACGUCAUGAAGUGGCUGGCAGAGCAAAUGGGCGUCUCUCCUUGCUUCUUCGAGGCAGCCCUAUCGUCCAACGACGUCGCCAUUCUUGAGCUUCCUCCACUCAGGGUUCAGCGUGUCUCUCCUGAUGCACCGUAUGGGCGCUCCUUGAAUGGGAUGUACAUUACACAGGUUACAGGUUCGAAUACGAAAGUUUGGUUUAGCCACUGUUUAGAAAGAAACUUUUCCAUCUAUGUUAUCGACGACAUCAGUCCAAGAGCGAAGGCCAACAUACUCGAAGCAAUCGACUUGCCCCUCAACUCGUUCCUCUCUCUCGACUCCUUUAUCUGCAACGACGACCACCUCUUCAACUCCGCUUACUCCAAGGCAUUCGCGCAAGCCCUCCACGCCCUCAACAGCCUAGACCCCACUGACGUUCCUCAAUCCGCCACAUCACGACGCGCGUCCCAGAGAGCCUCAAAGUUCAAAUUCGAUCAUAUGACUGAGUCGUAUACCGACGUCUACGACAUCAGCCGGGCGUACGACAACAAGCGUCGUGUCGUCGAGUUCUUCAAGCAGCUCGUUAAAACCCGUCUUCGCCUCGCAUCCGAACUUUACGACCCCGAUUUGCCCAACGAGUGCAUCGACGAGUGGCAUGCAGUCCCAAGAGCUACAGCGGUUCUGCUGACAAACAUGGAGAACACGACGCUCGUCAGGCAGGCGGUCGUUCGCGAUAGUCUAUCAAUGCUGGGGACGAUGAUGAAUCACAAGAUGGCCGCUUUCUCCUCUCAGCUAGCGACUGAUACUAGGAGGGACAGCUCCUCGAUGACAACUAUCGCGCUGGUUACCAUGUUCUUCUUACCUGGAUCGUUCGUCGCUUCGUUCUUCAGUACUGAAUUCGUCCGCAUCAUAGACCGAGACGAGACGAAGCCCUCGCAUAUGCUACCCUUAGAGUUCACUCCACUCGCGUGGAUCUGGUGUACCAUCACCACAGGGCUAACCAUCGCCGUCAUCUUCCUCUGGUCGUACCACCAUGGGUCUAUACGACGACAAUUCAAAGGACUGCGCAAACUUCGCAAAUUUGUCGGUCUUCCCCGCGUCGAGACGAUAGUUCCCCGACCCCAAACGGACGUUAAUGACGCCCUCGGCAGUGUCCCUGCAUCAUUCAGUACUUCUCCCAGCUCUUUCCUCGCCGAGGUGAAACCGCACGAUGGGAUGGCAAGUCGGAAUGCUAAAAUGCAUACGGUCAUCGAGGUCAAGGAGAGUUGA